UUCGUCUUUUUGACGUACCUAGAUAAACUGAAUAAAUAGUAAAAAAACCAUUUAAAUAUUAUUAAAUAUAUCACUCAGAUUAAAAAAAUAUUUACAAGUUAAAAUCUAAUAUCUUGUUCUAGUUUCAUUUUAAGUUCAUGUUUUGUUACUUAUAUACCAAAUGCCGCCAAUUUCCAAUGGCGGUGCCAUCUUAAGACUUUCAUUCAACUAAAAUUGUUGAACGAAAUUUGGUGGAAGCGCGCGCAAAUUUUGAUUAAUUUAUUUUUACAAUAUGGCUUAUUUUUUAAAUGUAAAUAUUAGUGUAAUUGUGUCUAACAUAUUAAGUGAGAAUAGAUUUAGUCAUUGUAGGUUAUGUUUGAAAGGAAUUGAAGAAAAUUACGUUCGACUGAGCGACACUGUUGCAAUAAAUCCUGAUGGUGGUGAUUUCCAACCACUUAGUCAGCUUCUCGUUAAACUAUUGGGUGAACAGUUUUCUGAGGAAAUUGCUGGAAUAGAUGCUGUGUGUGUUGAUUGUGUGGAAACUGUACAGUCAAUGAUGCGCUUUAUAGAUAGAUGUCAAAAGACUACAGAAAUAUUAAGUAAAGUAUUCGAAAACAUUAAUAAUGCUUUUGAGAAGGACUCCCAUGCUUGUGAUGGGGAUAAAAAGAUAUGUAUCAAUGUGGAGGAAACUGAAGCAGACUUGUUAUUUAUGAGUAAGCCAGUACGAAAGAAGAAAAUUUUAAAUAGAAACAAAAUUUUUGAAUGCUUAGAAUGUCUUAAACAAUUUGAAACAUUUGAUUUGCUUUAUGAACAUAAUAUAUCGUUCCAUAGAUUAGUAACAUGUAACAAAUGUUAUAAAACAUUUUUAACAAAUGUGGACUUGAGUUUGCAUGAGAGUCGCGACCACAGGUAUAAAUGCCCGGAAUGUCCACAAUAUGAGGGCACACAGGAAGGUCUCAAACGACACAAUGAGCAAUAUCAUAAAUGUCAUAUGUGUACAGAGUGUGGGAAGUCUUGCAAGGGCCUGGAGAGACUUCAUGUACAUGAAGAGAAGCACAGAUUGAAGCACUCCUGUCCUAAAUGUGGAAAGUCGUACACAACAAAGGAUUUCUUUGAUCGUCAUGUUAAACUGUGUCUUAACAAUUUACUGGAUCCACAUCCAAGUAGAAGUUCUAUGGAAAAAUCAUUUACAUGUGAAAAGUGUGACAAGGCAUACAGUACUCAGGGGGGUUUACGUGUACACAAUAGAUUUGCUCAUGGCAAUGCUAAGCCCCAUGAAUGUCCUGAAUGUGGCAAGAAAUUCACUGCACCAAGCUAUUUAAGGGUUCACAUGAUAAAACAUACAGGAGAAAAGAAUUUCAAGUGCAAUAUUUGUAACAACAGAUUUGUUUCAAAGGAGGCACUGUUGUAUCAUACAAGGCGUCAUACAGGGGAAAAGCCCUACAGCUGCAAGCUUUGUAGUGAGAGGUUUGUGAAUGCUUCUGCUCGUGCUGAGCACAUCAAGUUCAAACAUGUUGGUCCAACGUUAAUGUGUGAAAUAUGCUCCAGGAAAUUUGUGACCAGUCACUUCCUCAAGCAGCAUAUAAGUAGGCACCAUGAUCCAUCUAGCAAACUGUAUUACGGCAGGAGCAUCAUACCACCCAAUUUACCGUUAGAACAGAACUUGCGAAAAUUUGUUGUAACACCUGAAGAUUGAAUAGAUCACGAGCUGAAUUAAAAUUUAAAAUUUUGGAUGAUUUAACAUCAUUUCAGAUGCAUACAAAAUUGUUAUGCAUUGAAUAAUAUAAUUUUAGUCUUGGCUUAAAUACCUACUUAUAUCUGAUGUAAUGGUUCACUUGUACUAAAGUUGUUAUCUUUUUAUAAUUGUAAAUAUCUAUGUAAAAUAAAACUACUGUU